AUGCUCUGGCAGUCAGACAAUCUAUUCCAUUCCAACGGACAAAUCUCUUCCCACGUCGAAGUUGCUCUUUCCCUAGCGCUGGAACACUCGUCGUCAGCUACCAUAAUCGUUACAAACUCGAAGGAUAUCGCCAUUUUCUUCCCUACCACACGGAACCGCCCUGAACCUACCUUUGAAAGGGUAUCGACGAGUCGACCCUCUUUGGCUCUCAGGGUCCUAGCCACCGCGUAUCUAUUCCAUGAUGUUCCCCCUUGGCUAUUUAUCCCCAUUUAUGCGCCAGAUAUAGAUAUAGAUGAGGACCUUGUCCUUCCGCAGGGACCUCCGCAAGACCCGCAUCAACCUCCACAUGCAGAUGAGGAGGUUUUCGCAACUCACCACCGUCAUUCUGACUUUGAUAUGGCAACCUUGGUUCGAGAUCGCGCAAGAGCGCUCCAAUUCUUUCGUUGGCACGAACACGUUUCUAAAAGACUUUCCAAAGUUGUCGCUCACCCCACUGACAUACUCACUGCUAAAACGAAUCAAGUCGGUUGUUGUUUCGUUCCUGAUGUUCGGCCCCUCUAUCCUUUCGACGCCUCUGAAAUUCCAUCGGAUACAGCGGCACACCUUGAGGCAACGCAACGCGAAUCGCCAUUUGUGACUGCUAGAGUCGCCGAAUCGUUUAAGCGGAGCAAAUCCUUCAUACUCGAGAUCCAAGAUAUUGUGGCAGAAGGCUCACCGCACGGGAUCUGCACCGUUUAUCGUUGUCGAAUCACCUCAAUCGACGGCGUUCCCGUGUCAGUAUCGCCCCUCUGUCUGAAAUUGUUCGAUGAUCGAUUCCAGCAGCUGCAAAGUCCCGACGAAGGCGAGGAGCUCAAUGACGACCUUCUUCCUCGAUGGUUUGAUCGAGUCGUAUAUGCUGAGAGACACGCUCUCAAUGAAGCAUUUGCUUACGACAAACUUCGUCCUGUACAAGGAACUGUCAUUCCUUGGUUCUACGGUACUCACCAGUUUACGCUACCUGACGGAACCAUCUUGUACGGUCUUCUCAUGGAAUACGUCGAAGGAUGGAUGCUCGACUCCAGUUUUACACGGGGGUUGCCCCCUGAUAGGCAAAUCAAGAUGCAAGUAAUCCUCCACACCAAUCCGACCACCAAACUCGAUCAUGCUGUCCUUAUCGACUUUGCAUCGACGACGCAAACAUGGGAGCCAGACGAGCACAAUCAUAUUGGGAAUUACUUUGGUCUGCUUCACGUCCUGUUAGGUAGACGAGGCACCGUCGAGUUUGAUCCAGAGCUUGUGUGGAAACGUUAUGGCGAGCCGGAUGACUGGGAUCCUGUAUUCGCUUUGAUCCCUGUCGUUCCGAGGGGUAAAGACAAGAGGGUUGUGAAAGCUAGAAACAUGUUCCCUUACAUUUCAUCUUACGAUGGCCAGAAAGUAGCCAACUUGACUGGAAGCUGUUGA